UGUCGCUACGAUAUGUUAUGAUAACCUAAUUUGCCUGGAAAUUAUUUUUAUGAGGUUAGCAUACAAAAUCCACAAAAUAAAUCUCUCUCUAUCACUCCCUCUCACUCUCUCUCUCUCUUUCUUUGUUUCUCUCUGUUUGCUGAAUGUGACUUUCAACAACAUGUCUGCCAAUGCAGCUGCUGAUGAGAAAGGCUGAUUUGUAAAUGCUCUCUCUGCCAGGAUACGGGUGCGUUGUCAAGUUGACUGAAUCAAAACACAACAUCCCAACAUCUCAGAGCACAUCUCCCCUGUUCUCCUCCUUUAAACCCUUGAGAUGUUCUGUUCCAGCUGAAAUAUCCUCUCAGAGUCUACAUCUACACUCCUACUCCACCAGACAGCUGUUGUGUACUGACACAGUGUCCUGUUAGCAGGAAUGAGGUUGUCUGGACUUGUGUCUGUCGCAGGUGAUUUGUUGCAUGUCAGAUAUCAAAGGAUGUUGAAGUUAAUGCAGCAGGUGGAGUCAGAGCUGAAGUUAAUGCAGCAGGGGGAGUCAGAGCUGAAGUUAAAGCAGCAGAUGGAGUCAGAGCUGAAGUUAAUGCAGCAGGUGGGGUCAGAGCUGAAGUUAAUGCAGCAGAUGGAGUCAGAGCUGAAGUUAAUGCAGCAGAUGGAGUCAGAGCUGAAGUUAAUGCAGCAGGUGGGGUCAGAGCUGAAGUUAAAGCAGCAGGUGGAGUCAGAGCUGAAGUUAAAGCAGCAGGUGGAGUCAGAGCUGAAGUUAAUGCAGCAGGUGGAGUCAGAGCUGAAGUUAAUGCAGCAGAUGGAGUCAGAGCUGAAGUUAAUGCAGCAGAGGGAGUCAGAGCUGAAGUUAAUGCAGCAGGUGGAGUCAGAGCUGAAGUUAAUGCAGCAGAUGGAGUCAGAGCUGAAGUUAAUGCAGCAGAUGGAGUCAGAGCUGAAGUUAAAGCAGCAGGUGGAGUCAGAGCUGAAGUUAAUGCAGCAGGUGGAGUCAGAGCUGAAGUUAAUGCAGCAGAGGGAGUCAGAGCUGAAGUUAAAGCAGCAGAGGGAGUCAGAACUGAAGUUAAUGCAGCAGGUGGAGUCAGAGCUGAAGUUAAAGCUGCAGGUGGAGUCAGAGCUGAAGUUAAUGCAGCAGGUGGAGUCAGAGCUGAAGUUAAUGCAGCAGAGGGAGUCAGAGCUGAAGUUAAUGCAGCAGAGGGAGUCAGAGCUGAAGUUAAUGCAGCAGGUGGAGUCAGAGCUGAAGUUAAAGCUGCAGGUGGAGUCAGAGCUGAAGUUAAUGCAGCAGGUGGAGUCAGAGCUGAAGUUAAAGCUGCAGGUGGAGUCAGAGCUGAAGUUAAUGCAGCAGGUGGAGUCAGAGCUGAAGUUAAUGCAGCAGAGGGAGUCAGAGCUGAAGUUAAUGCAGCAGAGGGAGUCAGAGCUGAAGUUAAUGCAGCAGGUGGAGUCAGAGCUGAAGUUAAAGCUGCAGGUGGAGUCAGAGCUGAAGUUAAUGCAGCAGGGGGAGUCAGAGCUGAAGUUAAUGCUGCAGGUGGAGUCAGAGCUGAAGUUAAUGCAGCAGGUGGAGUCAGAGCUGAAGUUAAUGCAGCAGGUGGAGUCAGAGCUGAAGUUAAAGCUGCAGGUGGAGUCAGAGCUGAAGUUAAAGCAGCAGGUGGAGUCAGAGCUGAAGUUAAUGCAGCAGGUGGAGUCAGAGCUGAAGUUAAAGCAGCAGGUGGAGUCAGAGCUGAAGUUAAAGCAGCAGGUGGAGUCAGAGCUGAAGUUAAUGCAGCAGGUGGAGUCAGAGCUGAAGUUAAUGCAGCAGGGGGAGUCAGAGCUGAAGUUAAUGCAGCAGGUGGAGUCAGAGCUGAAGUUAAAGCAGCAGGUGGAGUCAGAGCUGAAGUUAAUGCAGCAGAGGGAGUCAGAACUGAAGUUUUGUGAUUUUGUACACAAAGAAUACAAAACAAACACAAUGAACUCAAACACUAGACACAAUGUAGCAUCAACUCAAACACUAGACACAAUGUAGUAUCAACUCAAACACUAGACACAAUGUAGCAUCAACUCAAACACUAGACACAAUGUAGCAUCAACUCAAACACUAGACACAAUGUAACAUGUACAGCUCAGAUAAGACAAACAAGAGGAAGAAUAGGAACGUGCUCUGCAUUACCCCAUGCUAGACUGACUGUCUGGCUAGUGUACUGUCCUCUCCUCUAACGUUACCUCACUGACAAUGUUGUGUGUAUACUCUUCAGAACUGUGUUCUAUGGUUGUCCCGGAGUAGCCUGAUACCUCCUGUAUUCUGUGGUUGUCCCGAGUAGCCUGAAACCUCCUGUAUUCUGUGGUUGUCCCGGAGUAGCCUGAUACCUCCUGUAUUCUGUGGUUGUCCCGGAGUAGCCUCAUACCUCCUGUAUUCUGUGGUUGUCCCGGAGUAGCCUCAUACCUCCUUCCACGGAGACAUGAUCCAUAGAUAGAAAUGUGUACAGUGAAAUGUUCAUGUUCUCUACCCAAUCUUUCCUUCUCUCC